CGGGGCGUCAGUCAGCUUCUUAUCGUUGGGCAAAGGCUACGGUCUACAAGAAGUCUCUCAAACUGAAGGCAAUAAUAAAGUAAACACGGUCCAUUGUGAGCACGACAUCGAACCGAACAUACUAGUACUGGGUCGGAGAGAUUAUAUUCCUAGGUAGUACUAUCCAGACCAGGUUCACUGACCAAAAUCCAACCACCAUGGGCAAGAAGCGCGUCCUCGUCAGCUACGGUGUCGACAUCGAUGCCGUCGCCGGCUGGCUAGGUUCCUACGGUGGUGAAGACUCGACCAGCGACAUCAGCAGAGGCCUCUUCGCCGGCACCCACGGCACGCGCCGGCUCCUCAAGCUAUUCGAAAAGUACAACAUCAAAGCGACAUGGUUCAUCCCGGGCCACUCUCUCGAGACCUUCCCCGAAGAAUGCGCCAUGGUCCGCGACGCCGGCCACGAGAUCGGUCUGCACGGCUACUCGCACGAGAACCCGAGCGACAUGACCUUCGAGCAGCAACAGGACGUCCUGGACAAGACGUUCCGUCUGCUGACAGACUUCUGCGGCAAACCGCCGCGAGGCAGCGUCGCGCCGUGGUGGGAAGUCAGCGAGGCCGGCACGGAGCUUCUGCUGUCCUACGGGAUCGAGUACGACCACAGCAUGGGCCACGAGGACUGCCAGAUGUACUGGCUCCGGACGGGCGACACGUGGACCAAGAUCGACUACUCUAAGAAGGCCGUCGACUGGAUGAAGCCCCUGGUCAAGGGCAAGACCACCGGAUUGGUCGAGAUCCCUGGUUCGUGGUAUAUUGACGACCUCCCGCCAAUGAUGUUUAUGAAGAACUCGGCCAACAGCCACGGGUGGGUCAACCCUCGAGACAUCGAGGACAUCUGGAAGGACCACUUCGACUACUAUUACCGCGAAUUCGACGAGUUCAUCUUCCCCAUGACCAUCCACCCGGACGUGUCUGGCCGACCGCACGUCCUGCUCAUGCAUGAACGAAUCAUCGAACACAUCAACAAGCACGAAGGCGUUGAGUGGGUGACGAUGGAGCAAAUGUGCGACGACUUCAAGAAGAAGAACUCACCACCCGAAGGGGCGAUGAUGCCUGCGCCGGCGGGAGAAAUUUUGAAGCAGCCUCCACGGAAUUGAAAUCUAAGAUACUCUACCUUAAUAUGUGGGCGUCGUCAAGAUAGUAGCAUGAAUGAAUCUAG